UUGACACUUUAUCGGAGCGCGCGCGGCAGGGGAGUAGUGGAGUAGUGGUCGUCGCGUUUUUCACGGACGUGUACGGAUAGUCGAUAGGAGGGGUAAAGGGGUUCUUGUUCUUGCUCGACUGUCGCGAGUCGGAGACGUCGGAGUGUCGGAGUCAGUCAGUCGAGUUCAGUGCGUUCGCGGGAGCGAUAUUAUACUGGUGACAACUGGUAAAAUAACAGUGAUCGGACGAAGCGAUGGCGGCCCUCAAGCGAAUCACCAGCCUGACCCGGGCGCUCGCGACGAUGACGUCCGCGUCGCGGCCCUGCCUCCAGCACGCCUCGAGGAAGACCUUCUUCACGUAUGUGAACGAGCCGUCGAUGCCGAUCCCCGGCAAGGAGCCGUGCUGGGUCAAGACCGCCGACGAGGCUAUCGAGCAGGCUGAACUCGACUCAGAUCAGGUGGUGUACGUCCAGGGCGCAGCGGCGACACCCGUUGAAUUGUUGAGAGCGAUGACCGACUAUGGAGUACGCUGCGAUGUCAGAAAUGUUCGUUUAUAUCAUAUGCAUCUCGAGGGAUCGGCCCCGUUCGCUAAGCCAGAAAACGCAAAGCACUUCAGAUCUGUCAGCUUGUUCAUCGGCGGCAACGUGCGACCCGCGGUGAACGCGGGCACCGCCGACUGCAUACCCAUUUUCCUGCACGAGAUCCCGCGUCUCUUUAAAGAAGGCUAUCUAAAGCCCGACAUCGCGCUCAUCCAUGUGUCUCCACCGGAUGACAAGGGUUACUGCUCCUUCGGCACCAGCGUAGAUUGUGCCCGGUCCGCCGUGAGUCAUUCCAAACAUGUCGUAGCCUUAGUCAAUAAGUACAUGCCUAGGACCUUCGGCGACGCUCUCAUCCACGAAAGCCACUUGGAUUUCGCCGUGGAACACGACGAACCACUGCCGGUUCAUCCGGUGAAGGCGCCCUCCAAGGCCGAGCAACUGAUCGGCAAGCACAUCGCUGAAAAUCUGGUGGUGGACGGCGCCACGUUGCAGCUGGGUAUCGGCAGUAUACCCGACGCCGUGUUGUCGCUGCUGAGUAAUCACAAGGAUCUGGGUAUCCACAGCGAGAUGUUCAGCGACGGCGUGGUGGAUCUUGUGAACAAGGGCUGCAUCACGAAUAAUCAGAAAACGAUGCACCGAGGCCGAAUUGUCGGCUCGUUCUGCGUGGGCUCGGAGAAGCUCUACGAUUUUAUGGACAACAAUCCUUUCAUAGAGAUGCUGGUGGUAGAUUACGUCAAUGACCCUAGAAUAGUCGCCAAGCAACCGAAGAUGACGGCUAUCAAUUCGUGUAUUGAGGUGGACAUCACCGGUCAGAUCUGUUCAGACAGUAUUGGAACGAGAAUGUACUCCGGUUUCGGUGGGCAGCUAGAUUUUAUUACAGGCGCUGCGAUGAGUGAAGAUCGACAAGGAAAACCGAUCAUAGCACUUCAAUCAGUCACCGCUAAGGGCCAUAGCAAAAUACAGCCGGUACUAACAUCGGGUGCUGGAGUAGUCACCAACAGAGCAGUGGUGCGAUACGUCGUGACGGAACAGGGAAUCGCCAGCCUGUUCGGCAAGAGUCUUCAACAACGUGCGUACGCAUUGAUCCAGGUGGCUCAUCCCGAUCACAGAGAAGCGCUCGAGAAAUCGGCGUUCGAACGCCUAAAAGUGAUGCCUGCCCCAUAAGCUGAAAAACAUCAUAUUUAAUAGCAUUUUACAAUCAUCCGCGUGCUUUAGUCACGCACAACGGCCAACCAUCAAAGUGAAGCGAAGUCUUCUUGUACGAUAUUGUACAUGUUCUCUUACUGGAAGACAAUUCGCCGGCCUUCUAGAAUAAGGGAAAGAGGGGGGGGGAGAGAGAAGCAUGAACUAGAUCGAAAAUUUAGUGCGUAAAUUAUAUCAUUAUGUAUGUAAGAGUCUGUAUUGUGAAAUCGCACUCGUUUCCAUAUACAUAGAUGUUAAUUUAAGCCACGUGUAUUUUAUAUCGCGAGAAGAAACGUGUUCGUGCCUUGGAACACGAAACAGAAAAUGGCGCAACUCUACGCCGUUCUUAGAUGUAAACAUUUUUUAUAUUAAAUUGCCAACGUUCCUUUAUAUAAUUUUUCGUGUUACCAUUGUAAUAACAAAGUUGAAAUAGUAGUACGCAAAAAGAAAUAUAAAAGAUGAGAACGCUGA